AUGUCACAAAUAUUGGAAGAUGAAAUUAAAAGUGGACGUGUCAAUUUUAUUGACUACGAUUUCAUUACAAAUUUUGAAGACAUAUCAACGGGACAACAUGGUAAAUUGAUUCGCGCUCAUUGUAAUGAUGUUAAAACAACAAUAGCAUUACAAACAAUGAGUCGAGAUGAUCGUUAUAUCAGAAGAGAGUUGGAAUUUCUUCGUAUUUCUAAAUCACAUGAAUCCUUUAUCCAAUGUUUUGGAAUAUGUAAAAAACCACACACUUCGGAAUAUUAUAAGGUUCUGCAAUAUGCAAAUGGAGGAAAUUUAAGAGAAUAUUUGGAAAAAAACUUUGAUCGAUUAGACUGGAAUGAUAAAAUUAUGAUGGCAAAGCAAAUUACUGCGGGAAUAAAAUUUAUUCAUGAUCAUAAUGUAAUACAUGGAAAUUUGAAAAGAGAAACACCUAUUAUUGGUACUCCAUCAAAUUAUCAAAAUUUAUAUCAACUUGCUUGGACUGACGAACCAGCGGAUCAUAACUUCAAUCAAAAUAAUCAAUCCAAUCAAAACAGUCAACCUUAUUAUCAACAUAAUCGAUUCCCAUCCGUAGCAGAACCACCAGCCCCACCACCGAAACCACAAUUUCAAUAUACUGAACCAAUUGUUUCAAUGCCAAUUCCACAAAUUUCUCCAGUAAAUGCAAAUCAAAAUAAUUUUGAUAAUUUUAAUAAUUUUAAUAAUUUUAAUAAUAGUUCAAAUAAUUUAAAUAAUUUUAAUAAUUUUAAUAAUUUUAAUAAUGGUCCAAAUAAUUUUAAUAAUUCACCAAUUCCUCCAAAUAAUUUUAAUAGUUCACCAAUUCCUCCAAAUAAUUUUAAUAGUUCACCAAUUCCUCCGAAUAAUUUUAAUAAUUCAUCAAUUCUUCCAAAUAAUUUUAAUACUCCACAAAUUUCAAUGCCAAUUCCACAAAUUCCACCAGAAAAUAAUUCUAAUAGAAUUUCUGGUUUUAUUCCACCAGAAAUUAAUCCCAAUAGAAUUUCUGGUUUUGUUCCACCCUUGAUUAUUCCUUCAAAUUCACCGAAUUCGAGUACUUCAUUCUUUGAAAUUAAUAAUCAACAUCGAAAUAGUUUUUACCCUUCACCAAAUUCUUCAUCACAACGAAUUCCAUGUUUCCCUCCACAAUCCCAAUCUAUUAAUGGUGGUUACUUUGUACCUUCAGAAUGUCAUCCAGGAUUUCAUGCUGCUUUGGGAGAUGCUGAUGGUUUAGUUAAUCAUUUAGAUUCUGGAGAGUCUGUAAAUAAGAUGUACAGAUUCUUGAAUACUACAGAUUCUUUAGUAAUCAUCACCGCCAAACAUUGUCAUUUAGAGGGUAUGCGUGAAGUACUUUUUAAACUUAGCAAGUAUGAUGCAGAUUUCACCGUAGUCACUAAAGAAUCAAACAAAACUCCAUUACAUUAUUUGUUCUUAAACAAAUAUAUUGUCAAGGCUAUUCAGAAAUUUACAAAAACGGAACUUUACAGCGAUCCACUUAAAGGGAUUAUAACUUUACUUGUUGACAAAGGAUGUAAUAUUGAUGCGCUAGAUAAUGCGGGAAGAACUAUCUUAUCAUAUUAUCUCGCUGCCGAAAAACAUUUUCAUGAAAAAUAUUUUCCAAUUAUUUCAAUUUUAUUAAGAAACAAUGCAAAUCCUAAUAUCAAAGUAGAAAUAAAUGAAAAAUCAAGAUUUCUUGCAAUUAAUUCAUUAUAUUUAGCUGUGAAAUAUAAUUGGUCGGUAAAUUUACUCGAUUUAUUAUUUCAAUAUGGUGUUAAUAAGGAAGAACUUGAUGAGAAUGGAAAUAAUAUUUUAUUUUUAACGGUGAAGGAAGAUCACGAACGUGAAGUGGAUAGAGUUAAAUGGGUAUUAGAAAAUGUUUUUGUAGCCAUAGAACCUAAAAGUUUAGAUAUAGCCAUACAUCAAGUAAAUUCACAAAGGAAAUUAUACGAUUUACUUAAGAAAUAUUCUAAAAAGGAAAAAUACUUUCAAUGGAGACAAAUAAUAGAAGCGAACGAGAGAAUAAAGAAAAAUAAAUGA